AUGUUCCAUUCAAAGAAAGCAGCUGCCGCUUCCACGACUGCUAUGAAUUCACUUCAUCAUAAUCAUCACCAUCAUCAUGAAAGGCCCAACAUGUGUGGGGUUGGUGGUAAUAACCAUAGUAGCCCUGGUGCUGGUACCAUACAAGGGGACUCAGGCCUUGUGCUUACCACAGACCCCAAACCACGGCUCAGGUGGACAGUGGAGCUUCAUGAGCGCUUUGUUGAUGCUGUCGCUCAGCUUGGAGGACCUGACAAGGCAACACCAAAGACGAUCAUGAGAGUCAUGGGUGUAAAGGGUCUUACGCUUUACCACCUUAAGAGCCAUCUUCAGAAAUUCAGGCUAGGAAAGCAACCUCACAAGGAAUUUAAUGAUCAUUCCAUAAAAGACAGCGAAAGAGCUUCGGCAUUAGAACUUCAAAGAAGCAGUAGUGCAUCCUCUUCUGGAAUGAUGGGCAGAAGUAUGAAUGAGAUGCAGAUUGAGGUACAAAGAAGACUUCAUGAACAACUAGAGGUACAACGACAUCUGCAGUUAAGAAUAGAGGCACAAGGAAAAUACAUGCAGACGAUACUGGAGAAAGCUUGUCAAACCCUAGCUGGAGACCAAAGCAUGGCUGCUGCGGAUUAUAAUAAUGGCAAUAAGGUGGUUGGUGGUAAUGCUACAGGCAUCAGUAUGAAUAUGAAUAUGAAUAUCAGCGCAAGCACUAGCAGUACGAGUCAUCUUGAACAAGCAGCAGCAGCAGCAGCAGGCCAUAGAGGGGGCAUGAUGCUUCUUCCAGGUGAUCAUGUGCCAUCGGCUAUCAAAGACUUUGGGUCUCUCAACUUUCCAUCCUUCCAAGACCUUAACCUUUACGGCACUUCGCCAUCACCAUCACCACCAGCAGUAACAGCAGCAGGUUCUGCCGUGGGCCGAAAGAGCCCCUUAAUCUGGUCAGAUGAUGAACUCCACCUCCAAGAUGAUCAUCAUCGACCACCUGAGCAUCAUCAUAUUGGGGUACUAUCUAGCAACAGCUCUGAAGGAGGAGGAGAUGGGUGCGAUCUUGAUUCUACUGUUCCCAGCCAUAUUUAUGAAACAAAGCCAUUAACUUUAACAAGUAGUCACAAUAUUGAUCAUCAUCAUCAUCAUCUUGGUUUAGGAUCGGUGGAUCAUCAGAAGAAAUUGGACAGAACGUCUCCAAGAAGACCACCAUUGUCAUCCAAUAGUUCUAUGGAUAACAUGAGGGCCACCCUCUCUACUGCUACUACUAACAGUACUUCCAAUAUGUCUCCUCAAGGGAGAAGCUCUUCCUUCGGCUAGCUCAUACUUAAUUAUACAUACAUGAAUAUAUACAUAUACAUAUGUUGUGCGUGUGUAUGUGUGUGUUAUAUCAUAUCAUCAUCUUUUAAAUUCAGACAGUUACAUACAUAAAUGCUAGAUUGCUAGUUAUAGCUGCACUUUGUAAUUUGUUCCAAUAUAUUAUAAGAGUAGUUGGUCCGACACCGAUUAAU